AAAAUACACAAUUCAAAAUUUUUAACAGUAUGUUGUGUAAUUGCGUCCUACAUUUUAAAGAUUUAUUUUGAAAUUUUUCUAAAAUGCAACCCUGUCAGCAUUGCAUUAUUGUAUUAUCAAAAAACAAUUUUGCAUGAUAUUUCUGGAGUGGGGAGUUAGUAUACAACAAGAAAUUGCCACUGAGCGGGAGUUGAGUAGGUGUCGGUAGUACAAUAGCGGAAGGCUGUCCUAUGAUAAAUAAAAGAUAAAUAACUGGAGAAAAUUGUCUAAAAAUAAAAAUAUUGUUUGCUGUGAGUCACGUCAAUUUUCGUCAUUGCCUAAAUCUCAGAGAUAAUUGACAACCACUUGCUAACUUGUGAGAUUUACUCGUGCAAAAACACAACUUCAGCAAAUUAGAAAGUGCAUUGUAUUAAUUAAACAAAUAAGUUACAUAAAAACACAUUAAAAAUGGCAACUGGCGAAGGUGUACCACGUAGUGAACUCCAAGAACUACAAAUUAAAUCUGGGCAGGUGGCUGAUGAGUCUCUGGAGAGUACACGUCGUAUGCUGAACAUGAUGGAAGAAAGUAAGGAAGCUGGCAUACGUACGCUUGUUGCACUUGACGAUCAAGGUGAGCAACUUGAUCGUAUCGAAGAAGGCAUGGAUCGUAUUAAUGCUGAUAUGCGUGAAGCUGAGAAAAAUCUAAGUGGCAUGGAAAAAUGUUGUGGUCUUUGCGUGUUGCCGUGGAAGAAAGUGGCAAUGAAAGAUGAUAGCGAUAAUGCUUGGAAGACAAAUGAUGAUGGUAAAAUUGUUAAUAACCAACCGCAGCGAGUUAUUGAUGAACGUGAGCGUGGUGGUAUGGGUGCUCCAGCACAAUCUGGCUAUGUUGCACGCAUCACGAACGAUGCACGUGAAGAUGAAAUGGACGAGAAUAUUGGACAAGUUAAUUCCAUGUUAGGUAAUUUACGCAACAUGGCGUUGGAUAUGGGUUCUGAGCUCGAAAAUCAAAACAAACAAAUCGACAGAAUCAAUGCCAAAGGCGAUGCCAACAAUAUACGCAUGGACGGUGUCAAUAAACGGGCCAAUAAUCUACUCAAGAGUUAAACGCACACAGGGUAAAUGGGCACAAAUCACAAACGUAGUCCAAAUUGCACAAAAAUAUAUAUAUCAUGCACAAUUGAAUCAUAAGUCAACUAUAUAUUAUAUACAAAAGCAUAUACAUUUAUUUAUUAUACGAUAUAUGAAUAUACGUCAGAGACACUGUAACUAAACUAAACUAAACUGAACCCAACUAAACUACUUACGGAACUAUAUAUAUAUAUAUAUUUACUAAACGCAACUGAACCAUCUAAGAGAGUACAUAAUUUAUAAUAUUUAUCUUGACUAAUGUUUACAAUAAUGUUCGUACCAAUCUUUACUAUUAUAUAUAUUUUAUGGAUUUUUUUAUAUUGUGCCGUUGGCUAUGACGUUUUUGAGCGGAGCAAUACGCAUUUUUAAUUAUAAAUAAAUACUUCAAUUUCUAUUAAAGUAAAAAA